GGUAGAUGUGAUUUCCUGGAGGCCUGUUCUGGUGCAUUUUUGGGAUGGCCAGCUGGAGAAGGGCAAUUCCUAAAUGUGUUCAGAUUAGCCCUUUGUAUAAUUAUUCAUUCAUUCCUUUAUGUCACUUGUUUGAUUUACUUAAUAUGUAAAAAAAAAGGCCUGAUUCUGAGUCUGAAGGUUGUAGAAGUCAGAUCCCUCAAGCCAGCUGUGAUGAGUCAGCAGACUGUCUCCUCCUCCAGUAGAAAGCAUCCCAGCCUCCUUCCAUGUCCCCGGGAAUUCAUUCGUGCCAACGGCCAUGAAGAUGUAAACAUGGCUUGGGGGAGGAUUUCAAGCCUCACCUGGGCACAGAGUGGAACGACUGAGCUCUAGUUGUUGGCUCUGAACCCAAGACUAAUUGAUCUGGUUGCAACUACGCCACUACACCUCUACAGUGCCACUUGGAGCGCUAAUAAAAGCUACAUAAAAUACAACCGUGAUUUCUUCUGAUUCACCGCCAUUAUGCUACCAGCAUUUGAAUACCAGUGAACGGGUUAAUGUCCUGUGGUCUGACGCAGGAAUAGUUAAUAGGAGGACAGGCAGCAGGUGGAGAGACAUGCAGACUGAUGAGCAGCCACAGUGUGACAGUCAGCUCUGAGCCGGGGAGAAACAAGCAGCGACUGCCGCUAAUCUGUCCCCGCUGCAGGCAAACUUAUUCCCAUCACAGGACAGAGACGGCUUUCUGAAGGCAUGGUUUCUCCGUCUGGCGGUGCCGCUGAACGGGACGCCGGCGAAUAACAUUCGCAGCCAGUUGCUGGGUAAAUGACUUUAGAAACUCUCGUCGAAGUCAGAGGACAGAGAAAGCGGCUCCAUGGGAAAUGAAUGUGACCGGGAAACAGAAACCCGAGCAGAUCGAGCGACCCACCAGCCUCUCGGUUCCAUCUUCGACACAAUCUGGAAUUGCUUUGCUGUACAAUGAGGAGACCAACAAUACCUAUGAUGUCUGCCUGAAACUGACCAAAGAGGUAUUAACCAUACAGAAGCUGGAUGUAGUUUGCACAAGUGGAAGUGAAUCCCAAGUAAAUCACAGAACUGUUGUACUGCGAAGACAGCCGACUGGCGGUCUGGGCUUAAGCAUCAAAGGAGGUGCAGAGCACAACGUGCCUGUGGUAAUUUCGAAGAUUUUCAAAGAUCAAAUUGCCGAUCAGACGGGGAAGCUGUUCAUCGGGGAUGCUGUGUUGCAGGUCAAUGGCAUAAAUGUAGAGCCUUGUACUCAUGAGGAAGUUGUUCACCUCUUGCGCACUGCAGGAGAUGAGGUCACCAUCACCGUUCGCUACCUGCGAGAAGUUCCAUCAUUUCUAAAACUGCCUCUAGGUUCUCCCGGGCCGUCCACUGAUCAAAGGCGAGUGUCCUCUCCACUCUUUGACAGUGGCUUACAUUUAAAUCGAAACGGAAACAGCACAGCUCCAUCACCCCCCUUGCCCUCAGCUAAUGAACCCAAGUAUGAGAAGCGCUGGCUGGAUGCCGUCUCCCUGCCCCUGUUGAUGGCCAGAGUGUCCAGAUACAAAGCUGGCACAGAUAAAUUAAGGUUGAACUGUUUUGAAGUCAUCACCAUGGAAGGAGCCAGCCCCAGUAUUCUUCAAUUUUGCUCUGCAGCAGAAUGCACAGAUUGGCUACAAGCAAUAUCUACAAAUAUCAAUGACUUGACACAGGAGAAUAUAAACAUCAUUAACAAGUACUGCUCUUCAGAUGACCAGAUUGUUCACAUGGGCUGGGCACGUGAAAGCACAGAGGGUAGUGCUGCUGGUGGGACUACAGCAUUCAAGUUCCUGGCACUGAGAGGACCAUAUUUUUAUAUCUUCAGAAAUCCCCCGAUCAGUGCUGCUCACUGGGGACAGGCCGAAACUACAUAUAACCUCUAUGAGGUUCUUUUCAAGGUCCACAAGCUGUGGAUGGCAGAGGAUUGCUGGCUCCAGGCGAGGCUCUACUUGGGACUUGAGCACUCACCUGAGCAGCAAGACAAUGAGUCUCUGUGCUUCAGUAUUCUGGUGGGCCAUGGUCAGAGCCACACCUUCAAGGUAGAGCUGGCCACUGACCUGGCUAUCUGGGAGAAGUCUUUCCAAAGAGCUGUCUUCUUGGAAGUGCAGCGACUACAAUCCAAAAGCUACAUGUGCAGCAGCCAGGGGAAUGUACUGUGCUUCAACAUAGAUUUCAAAUCAGGCUUCACCUGCUCAGAAGGCACAUCAAAGACCAUACUGUGGCGAUAUAAGUUCUCCCAACUGAAAGGCUCCUCUGAUGAUGGGAAAACCAGGGUAAAACUCCUUUUCAAGAGUGCUGAAAGCAAGCAAAUAGAAAUGAAGGAACUAGAGUUUGCUAACCUAACAGCCGUCCUCCACUGUAUACAUUCUUUUAUUGCUGCAAAAGUGGCCUCCAUGGACCCUCUCUUUAUGUGCAGUCAAAACUUCCCUGGAAGUGGAAAUUACAUGAACAAUUAAGAAGACACAUCCUCAUCAUCAUGUUCACCUGCAGCGACUCAGCAGUAUUUUAUGCACAGAGCCAAUUGUUAUGUCUAUCUUGUUCUUGCUAUUUUUGUAUGAACUGCUGUUAAAAAAAAAAAAAAAAACAGUGUUAGAUAAUAUUUGAAAUAAUGUUAGAGGAAAAUUGUUUUUUAAUUUUUGACAACUAGAAAAAAAACAUAGUCACAGUUCUUCCAUCUCUUUAAUAUUUUUUCUCUACUCACAAAUAAACCGUCACUUUGAAAGGCAGCAGCCGUGCUACCAUAUGCCAUAAUUUGACAACAUGACGAGAAUCACUUAAAAUAGCAACUGCCACUGUGUUCAGCAGAAAAUUUCAGCUGAUACUGUAUGUAAGAAGACUGGUGUUGGUGUUCCUACAUAUAGUGAUUGCAUUUUUUUGAUGAGUCUGAUACUCCCAUUCUUUCAUGUUUUUCUUUCCCUCCUUAUUUUUCCUGGUCAUGUCUGAAGAGGAACACAAACACCUUACAAUAUAAUGCAGUCUAAUAUGCCUCUGAAUUACCACAGAAUAAAUGAAUAAUGAAAUAUAAUAAGCUUCACAAAGGCAGCAUUUACUGCAUGGCUACUUUGGCUUGUAUUAAACUGUAUGAGGUUUGUGUUGAUGUGUUCAUCCUUUGUUUCCAAGAAAGGCAAACAUUUCAGAUUUCUCUGCCCAAUUAACACACAGUAUAUUCAAUAACUAUAUUCAAAGAUCCACUUUUAUAAACUCUUGUUCAAAUACAGUCAGAAAUACUGUAUGUCUUCAGAUACUUGUACUGUAUUGGUUUGAGUGUGAAAUACAAAUUUGCUGUUUUCAAUAAAUUGCUCAUGAAGCACAACUACCUAUCAU